AUGCUGCUGAAACAUGGGCAGCAAGUGUUGCUCUGCAGAUACCCGGCGUAUGCCCAGAUGGUUCGUGUUCAAUACUUCUGCAAUCGCUUGAAAUCGCAAGGCGACUGCCAGCAGUUCUCCUCCGACUGGCAAGUGCCGCUUCGACAAGAAGAAGCCUUCAUGGACUCCUUGGCGUCCUUCUUAGACUGCCGGUUGGCCGCGGCGGCCAGGAGCUUGGUCCAGCCUGGAGUGACUUACUCUUCCUCUGGGCUGCAAUCGACCAGUCUGCACCUUUGGCAAGACGCUUGUCCACAAAGCUAUGUGGCUUCUUUGACGACUGCUGCCAACAUGUGGAAAGCCGUGAUCAAUGGCUACAGCGGCGGGCCCUUACUGGACCUGGUGCAGGUGAAUCGGUCUUUGCCUCCAAGCAACUUCGAGUUGGCGAUGAGCAACAUGUGCAUCGUGCCCGAGAAUAUGAAGUCCAGUGACGGGCAUUUGUUGGAGUUAGGUGCGUGGCUCGGCAGCUAG